CGAGCUGUCAUUGCAUCCACAUCCAUCAGUUGUUGAGUUGUUGCAACUUCUUCAGUCUUCUGAAUCUUCGUUUUGGCCUCAAAUUCGGUUGACUGAGCCAAUUCUGACCAGCACAUGAGGGAUAUUGAGGAGAGAAACACCGACCUGCACGAGUGUAGUGCCUUCUGCUUCUUGAUUGUCUAGAAAAGAUGCUUCAACUGUGACAAAGAAACUUCGCUCAUACAUCAUGAUUUCAACCCAACACAAUUGGUUUCAAUAGAGGACACAUCCCCUUCAACGUAAUAAUCAGCCCACAACAUUUAAUCAAAUUUAAUAUUUUGGAAAAUGGAGGGUGGUGCAUAAUUAUUUGCAAAUAUUUCUAUUUUUUAAUACUUAAGCAAGAGCUUAGAAAAGCAAUACAUCUCAGUACUGGUUGGAUUCAUGGAAACGAUUUAACGCAAUGAACACGGAAAAGACUUUGGUGAUUAUUCAAGAUCGAAGUCAAGGGUCUUUUAAUGAGGAAGGGAAGAGACAUGCUAAAUUUAUAAAAACGAAAUGUUUGGAGUUGAGGCAAGUCGGCUGCGAGAUCGAGCACAACGAUAUGAUUGAUCUCUGUCACGAAGCAUUCUUAGAGAGCCUCAAAAGUAUUGCAUCAGGUUCCCGCUGUGUGAUAUUUAUCAUCAUGUAUCGUGGCGACGGCGGUGGGAAAUACUAUCCUGAAACGCAAUCAGAGAACCCAAAGCCAGUGGAAUUAAUUGUACAGCAAAUUAAUUCUAUUCAAGUGAUUGAACACUGCCCAAAGAUAAUUUUGUUCAUUGACUUCGAACAAAGGCAGUGCGAUGUGAAUAAGCCACUGUAUUGCUCCAAUGUCAAAAACAUCAUUGUUUUUCUGAGCGCAACAGAAACAGAGUCUAACAGGAAUGGCAACAGUUCAAGGAUAGAAUUGAUUGACGCGUUGGUCAUCAACAUGGUGAAUUUAAAAGAACGAAUUGAAGUCAACCAAUUGGCACAGAGGAUACAAGACAGUUACACCAGAAAAAUGAGCAAUGGAAAUGAGCUGAGUGUGCCAGUCAUGACAUAUCCUAUGGAAGCCGAUUUCUACAUAAAUUCGAACAGCAGAGUGCCUGAUGAUUUUGAGCCAACCCCUGUACAAGAAUUUCCUUGGAUGAACCAAAGUGGAUCGCAGUUGGCUAAAGGACAUUGCUUUAUUUUCCACGACUCGAAACACACCAAAGUGGCGAAAUCUUUGGAAUGUAGCUUGCAAGAGCAGUGCUUGACCUGGGAACGGCAUUUCGUGGCUGACAUUUGUGUUGUUCUGAGUCAAGUAUCAAAGAAAAGGGACUUGUAUAAUGACUUUGGAGUUAUAAUCAUUGCGGUCUUCGCUAAACACUUAAAAAGUCAGGAAGGCUAUCUCUGCAUAGACACAGGAAAGUGCUUCAGAUACGCAUCUGAUAUCUUUUUGCCAAUGUCCAGUUUGAACGAGACCCAAACAUUUGAACUCAUAUUGGAUUGCGAAUAUGAGGCAGUAGACCAAAUUUUAGAUGAGGUUUUGAGAUCAGACCACCAAAGAUUGUUCUCACCUUCUAUUGAAUUUUGUGCUAAAGGAGAAGCACUCGUUGAAGCAUUGAUCAAAGACCUCGCUAAAAUCGAUGUGGAGUUAAGCAUUCAACAGAUCCUAUUUGAGACGCUGAAAAAAUUCAGCAAUUGCGACAGUUCCAUCUUCAGCAAUGUGAAUCACCAAAUUUCACUGAGAAAGUGCAAGAAAAUCGAAGUGCCUCUUUCACUUCAAACUGUACCAGACAAUGGAGAACUCCCCAGAGAAAUAGACGUGGCAUCUGUUGCAAAAGAAAUGAUAAAUCUACCUAGUAGCAGUUGGAUUCUGUCUGGUGCGGCAGGCGCUGGCAAAUCUGUCACAACCCGACAAGUAGCCAGGUAUUUCGUUACGCACUUUCCUGAUCACCAGGUGGUAUAUACAAGUGAGAAAUUACUCAACAAACUCUGCACCAGCAAUUCUCGAGUCACUCCAGAUUUGGUGAUGCCACUAUUUGCCACUAAUGAAUCAGAACUGGUUGAAAUCAAAGAAAAACAACUGAACCAAAAAUUGAUUAUCAUGGUUGACGAUCUGCAAUUGGUUCUCCGUGAGCAUGCGGCAAGAGUGAGGCUUUUUCUAGGCACUUUGAAAGAGCUAGGCGUUACAUUGUGGCUCUCAAUUCGAGAAUUUGAUUUUGAGAUACUUAGAAAUUGCUUAGACCGAGCCUUCCAUUUGAUAACUAAGCCGCUCAGCAUUGAUGACCAAGCCAAAAUUCUUUCAACAAAGUUGAACCUGCCGCGCAGUGCAGUUUCUAUGUCCCUGCAGAAAGUCUCCCUUGGAACUCCACUUCAUCUUGAAAUGGUCUACUCAUUAGAAAACCUAACGUCACCUGGAUUUGACUUCUACCUUGACUAUGUGAUGAGGCAAAUUACAAUUGUUCUUCCUCGCAGAAAUUUAGAACCAAAUGAAGAAAUGUGUAAUUCAUCUCUCCACGAACUGUUAGUCGCUUGCGUAAAAUUACGAGACAGUGGUUCAUACCACGCUGACUACCAGAGUUUUGAUGGCAAGAACUUUGGAUUUCAUCAAAGUUUUGCUAACUUUUUCUUGGCCUACAAUUUUUCGGCUUCAAUGGGGUUGGAAAAUGAAAUCUUCCACCCUGUUCAAAUUGACAAAAUCUUCAGCCAGCGUGAUUUGUAUCAAGAGAGAGAAUUUAUCGAAAUGCGACUAGCAAAGAGCUCAAACCUGAAGGAAGAUUUCUCACUCAUGUGGAGCGGGUUGGUGAACACAAUCGAAACAUUGAAGAUGAAGGCCCAUCACUGCAUUUAUAACGUCAUAAACGAGGGAUGCGUCAGGCUUUGCUCGUUUCUGCUGAAUCCAGAAGUGUUGAAUGCGUUGGGCAUUGAAAACUUUCUGGAUCCUUAUUCUCAAUUCAUGCAGCAUUGGAGAAAAGACUAUCCAGAGCAUUCGCCCUUGUUCUAUGCCUUAAAAUCGAAAGAAGAAGUCGUAGCUUUGAUGCUGAUGAGGAGCUCAUCUUUCAAACCCCUCCCUGAAAUGAAGUUCUACAUCCAUGAAGCCGCAAAGAAGGGAUAUAUUCAAGCAACGCAACUGUUGAUGCAGAGCCAGCUGCAGAAUGCACUCAAUGAAACUGAUGACAGAGGAUUCACCGCUCUGCACUACGCCGUGUACCACAACCAAAUUGAAUGGGUUCGGAUGUUUCUCUUGAUGAGGCACGCUAGUGCCACCGUCAACGUGUUAUCGCCCAAAGAAGUCACGCCUGUCUUCUAUGCUGCAGGAAACUGCAACUUGGAAAUAUUCAGGUUUCUGGUCAUGUAUGGUGCAGACACAAGAAUACGAGAUGCUGAAGGAUCAAUAGUUUUGCACUGGAUCUUGAAGUCUAAGGCAAAUAACUGGCUUGAAAUGCUCCAACUCGUACUAUCCCUCAGGCUUUGUGACGUCAACUGCAGGGACAAUAGGGGAGAAACUGCCCUCUUCGUUGCUGCCAGGGAGAAUAAGUUUUCAGCAUUUCCGCUUCUGGCGGAGAAUGGCGCUGACAUGAGCGUGUUGAAUGAGAACGGACAAUCUUUAUUGCACAUAAUUGCUCAGUCUGGGGAUGCUGAAGCGUGUCUGCAAAUGAUGGCUAGGUUAAACACGUCCAUAAUCAAACAAAUAGAUCGCCAAGGAAGAACAGCUCUGCACUUUGCCGUCGAAGCAAACUGCAACGUGGAUGUGGUCCAGUUGAUGCUUCUCAGCAUUGCUGAAUUUGUCACCGGUCUAGACCUUCAUGGCCAAAACGUGCUCCACUUGGCUGUGAAACACAGCUCUGAGCACGUUGUCGAACUGCUUGCUGAAAUCGAUGACAUGCACUACAUUUGCGACGUGAACGGAGACACCCCCAUGCAUCUGGCAGCGAAGAGCAACGACAUCGCUGCCCUGCGCUUGCUGGUGGCCAGACGCCCUGAGGUGUUGACCAUGUCUGAUGAGCCGCUGAUGCGGGCAGCGAUAGAAACGAGGAACGCUCGAGCGAUCAAGUUCAUGCACAUUCAGCUCCGUAGGAACUCUAGAAACCUUUUGGACAGUUUGAAUUUCGAAAGCCUGCAUCAAAUCGGACCGAACCAUGAGAUGUCAGAUGUGCAGGCGGACGGCGCAGUUGCUGGCCCUUCGAGGAAUAUGCACGAUUUUGAGGAUGAAGCUAGAUCAAUGGAAGUGGAGGAAGAUGAUUUCACCGAUACAUUUAGCGCAGGCCCAAGUGCACCAGUAAAUAAACGAUACAAUUACUUCGUAAAUGAACACCUGCACAAUCUCAACUUGAACUUUGCGCUGCAUCGUUAUUUCACGUUUAAAAGGGAAAUCAGCCAUGAGAAAAGAUACAAUUACGCUCAAAGCGGAUUCUUCUACACAAGAGAUGACGAAAAUAUCCAAUGUCAUUACUGCCUUCUGCUUAUCCCAUUCACUGAUGACUACGGCGUCAAUUUAAGCUUGGACCAAGUAAAUGCCAGACAUGGAGCUCUUUGCAAGAGAGAAACUAGAAAACCAUGCCCUUUGAUAAGUGGAGGAGACGUCCAAGAUGUUCCAAUUGUGAAUCCCAGCAACUUCAUUUUUGAGUCGCACAGGCUCUACUCUCUCUUGUCUGCAAGCUGGCCAAAUCCCUUUGUUAGUGUCUACGACCUCGCCAAAUACGGCUUCUAUUACACCGGGCAGGACGACAACUGCAGAUGCCUGUUUUGCAAGCUUGAGGUCAGAGGCUGGGAGCCAGGAGACACAGCAGAGGGCGAACACCGUCGCUGGAACCCUCGCUGCCCGUUCUUGGCGCCCAACAGGCAAACUGAAAAUGUUAAAAUUGGCGAAGAAUUGAAUACCCCUGAAAGUGAUCAUUUGAGCAAUCCUUUCAAGCCAACUCCAAUCGCCAAAUUUGGACCCCACGUCAAAUUCUGCAAAAAUGCGAAGCCAGGCAUUACGAUUGAAGCGCUUGGCAUUACGCCAGUCGGUGACAUGAAAUACAGGCAGUACAGCACUUUGCAGUCCAGAGAAAAGUCAUUUAAAAUCUGGCCAAAGCAACUGGCCCAAAAACCAGAAGUCCUCAGUACUGCAGGAUUCUUCUACACUGGAUCCGGAGAUCGCGUUAUCUGCUUCCAGUGUGGCGGCGGUCUCAAGGACUGGGACCCCAAAGACAACCCAUGGGUUGAGCAUGCUAAGUGGUUCAGCAGGUGUCCGUAUUUGAGCAUCAAAAGAGGAAAGAAGUUCAUUGAUGACAUUAUUCGAACCAAUGAAGAGCAAGCCACGUUGUCACAGGAUGGACCCACCAUAGUGAAAAAAGCGCCUGUGCCCGGAAGUCUUCAAUGCUGGGUAUGCAAAAGCAAGGAUGCCAAUUGCGUCAGUCUACCAUGUGGCCACAUCACCACCUGUGUAUACUGUGUUGAGAAAGAACUAGAUUGUAGAGCGUGUGACAGGAGGAGAGUCGCAUAUACAGAAGUGUUUCUGUAAAAAAAUACUGGUAACUGGCAUGCAUGACGGCUUUGCUAAUUUUUUUCUUUUCUUACUAGAUAUUUUUAUAUUAUGUGGUGUCACGCAUUCAGGAUGCCCUUCCUUGGCUUGCCCGAGCGCCUUGCCUUAGUAAAAGGCAUAAGGGUCGAGACCCAACAUGGUUUUUACAAUUAGUUAAGUUCAGCCUUUUAUUUAAAUUAGAAACGUGUAUAACAACCAACGCCCUAAAAUUAUUUUACGUUUUAAUGAAAGUGCAUGUCAGAACUCAGAUGGCAUUUGGACAGGCCAAGGAAGGGCACAGAGUAUAAUCAACGUUAAAGCCAACUGUACAUAAUAGCUGUAGCUAUAUGAAUCGCUCCAGAAAUUUCAUGCAUGUAAAUACUUCAAAGAAAAACAAUUAAUUAAACUUUAUAGUGUGCUUUAUUUCUCGUUUUUAGAAAAUCCAAAAAAUCCUACUUCUAUGGAGAUGGUGUCUAAUAAUCACCUUUUAUCCACCGCUGCACUAUAACUAACAUAGCCAAUAAGUCUCACUCGCAUGGCUAGCGAAUCUUGAUAUCAUCAUCUUGUGAGAAGAUAUGUGAAAAUGAAACAUUGGACCGCAAUUUAAUGUUUUUACACAUUGCUGUGGAUCCUUUGAUUUCAAAACGACAAUUAUUUCAUCAUGGCUUUGCAGGGCAAUUUUGCCCUAUCCAUUAAGUGACUGCAAAUGAGUUACAAAUGGAAGAGUGGGAGUUACGUAUUCAUGUUGUUGUGGUAAUCUUCAACUUAGAUAAUAUCUCUUUCGAUUAGGUCCGAAUUCAAAUCACUCUGGUAUUGUCAUAUAAGUUUCCAUGAGGACACUCUUUUUGUGAGUCCAAUUAAUUCUUGGACUUGUUGGAAUGUGCGCUAUCUAGUAGGGCAGAAGGAAUUGCUCAAAAUUUAUUUUUUUUAGAUUGGUUUGUAUGCGCUGUGUCUUUAAUUCAAUCAAAUGCAUUGCAAUUUUUUCAUAUCAUUCUGAAGUUCAUCAUAUUUUCCUUGUUCUUGUAAGGGCUCCAGAUUUAGUGCACUUUUCAUGUGGAAAGCACUGCAUGCUUUUUAUUGUUAUUUGUUAAUUCCUUCUGUCAUAGUUACAAAAUUUAAAUGCAUCAAAUUAAGACAUGGUAAGAAUGUGCAAACAAAUGCUAGCAGAAAACUGCAAAAACGCUUGAAAACAAAAGUUAUCUCACGCCGCACUGAGCCACAAAUCACAUUAUUAAUCACACGCUAAUCAUUAUCACAAUGCACUUAUAUACAUGUUCAAUUAGUUAAUCGCUAAAUUAACAUUUUCCUAAAAUUAUCACCGUGAGAGAGAACGCGAGACCAAAUUAAUUAAUUAUUAAUUAAUUUUUAAUUAUUUUAAUUAUUAUUAUUUAAUUAUUAUUUAAUUAAUUUAAUUAUUAUUAUUUAAUUAUUAUUUAAUUAAUUUAAUUAUUAUUAUUUAAUUAUUAUUUAAUUAAUUUAAUUAUUAAUUAAUUUUUAUUGAUGAUCACUGGUAGCAGUCUUAAUGGUUUAUAUAUGUGUAUAUUUUUUGUUCCGUGAAAAAAACCUACUGAGGGUUUUCAGCUUAGAAGGUGCCGGGACCUAGUUAAAUUGAAGGGAAAAAAACUUACUCCUGGGUGUUUAGGCGUUUGUAAACCAGCCCGUUGGCUCGCAUUGUUAAGGCACUCUCAGGAGUGUCAAAGCAAUGUGAGGUAUUUGAGCUGUUCGGAGAUCUAAUACUGGCUAUCCAAUGUCAGAAAUGGCAAAAAAGUGGUUAGUUUAGUGACUCGAAUUGCUCGACGGGCUGGGAGGCGCACCGGCGCCGACUCGCUACUUGCUGGUUUGCACCUUUCCAGCAUGCGUGAUUUGGCUUCACGGGACAAAUGUCUAGCGUUUCAAUGCAGUCCUCGGUGCGGAGGCAAGUGGCCCUUGAGUGGGCUGGGUCCCUGUGCGGCCUGGUGCGCCCAUGUUAUCCGUUCGCGGUGUUAUUGGGACCCGGGUUUCAGCAUUCGUGCUAGUGCAGUGCGCGCCCUUCCCGGUCCUCGGACGGACAGGAAUAAAAAGAGCAAUAAAUCCUGUAAAGCGUACUAUACGUUUGCUUAAUCCUUGCCUCUUUUAGCGUUUACGGCAUAUCAUUUUCUGAACCGGAUCGGCAUGUCCUGAUUAUCGAGUAGAUACAUGUCUAUCCUCAAGCAUGGUCAGCUUGAAGAAAAUCAUGUAUCUUGAGUUGUGAAAGACUGAGAAAACGUGAACACUACAAUUUCCCAAUGUGUAUGAUCAAAACACCCAUGUAUACGAUAGAAAGGUUUGGUUUGUGUUUCUAAUGGAGAAAGUAAAAAAACUGAUAAAAAAAUUCAAUUUACAA